CCUGCAAAGACCCUUGGACCAGCCGCUGAGCCACCAUGAUCUCUAGGCUCCUUUCCCUUCUCUGCCUCCGGCUGUGUGUUGGGCAAAGAGACAUUCCUGAAAAUGGGCCUCUUCCCAAGCCCAGCCUCAGUGCCUGGCCCAGCACAGUGCUUCCCACCAAGAGCAAGGUGACAAUGCAAUGUAAGAGCCCUACCCCAAGUAAACACUUCAUCCUCAAAAAGGAAGGUUUCAUUUUGGAUUUUAUGAAGCCAUAUAAUUUGACAGAGGAGACAGCUGAUUUUUAUAUCACUGAGCUACGACAGAAUGAUGGCGAAUACUACACCUGUGAAUACUACAGCAAAUGGUCCCACGACACACUGUCACAGCCCAGCGAUGCCCUUUUCCUGUUGGUGACAGGGUACUUACCUAAGCCCUCCUUCCAAGCCCACCACAGGGGCACAGUGACUGCAGGAAGCAAGGUGACUUUGCAGUGCCAGAAAGCAAGCAGUGUCCUCGGACCCAUACGGUUUGCGUUGCUGAAGGUGGGACUCUCAACUCCUGUGCAGAUGAGGAGUUCAACAGGAAUGGUGUUAGACUUCUCUCUUCAGAACGUGACAGCCAGAGACUCCGGGCAAUACAGCUGUGUUUACUAUCAGGCAAAGGCUCCCUAUCGAGCCUCAGGUCCCAGCAAUCUCCUUGAGAUCUCUGUGAUAGGAGACCUUCUGCCUUGAGAUCCUCCUGCCCCAACUUUCCCACCACAACCGCCAGCACACUCACCUAAGCCCCUGGAUACCAUGACAGAAGGCUACACCAUGGGUAACCUCAUCCGGGUUGUUGUGGUUGCUGUAAUCGUGCUGACAGUGGGAGGCUUUCUGGUUGAAGCCUGGCAUAGUGAGCGGCUGUCUCCAAAUAGACCCUGGUAA